GUUAGGGUGAUGCACAGGCAGUAACGUCUAGUGGUUCAACCAUUGGAUUUUAAAACUGUGACAUAUAUGCCGUCAACUUCAAAACGAUUAUGUUUUUUCUUGGAUUAAUUGCUUACGGGUGUGACAAGCGAUAUGUCUGCAGGAAUUCAUAGCAAUCACUGAUGCAGACUACGGACACAAGAAAGUUGAUAUCAAAUAUCAGACAGACGUUGUUAGUCUUUAAAUCACAACAAUGGAAGAUCCGGCAGUGGUUACCGUUAUGGUGAUGCUUUCAUUGUUUUCUAUUUGCGGAACAAUAGGAAAUUCACUCGUUCUUCACAUCUAUUCACACAAGAAGGAAAAGUCGACUGCGGGCAUAUUCAUCAUGAGCCUUGCAGGAACUGACCUUUUCACCUGUUUGUUUGUUAUGCCGUUCACAGAGGUUGUCGUGUACCUUAAUUACAUGGUUAGCUAUGACGUUGCCUGCCAGAUUUAUAUGUUCUUAAUCACUUGCAAUGUACCUUUCGCCGCUUUCAUAAUGGUGGCAAUUGCAAUUGACAGGUACUUUUGUAUCUGUCAUCCAUUUCUACAUGUGCUCAAUAUAUUUCGUGCAAAAGUUAUCGUGUUGUGCUUACUGCUGGUUGCAUCUACGUUUGGAGUUAUCACAUCUCUCUCAUACGGUGUUUACACCUACAAGAUAAUAGUGCCUGCUAAUGACGUUCUUGCCCGCACCAAUGAAACUAAAAGUGUAAAAUAUGGUCAAAAUGCCACAUUUAAUACCGCUGACCAUGGUGAAUGUACCAAUUGCUCAAAUGAAUUGGAAAUGGAUGAAUGGGACUAUCGUGUAUUUGACAACAACAAAACAGAAAUCCAAGCAGGAUAUAAGCUUUCCUAUACAGGACUAUGCGCUCCUAAUUAUAUUCUUACUAGCCCACAGUUUCUGAACUUUUAUCAACGUGCGUACGCUGGGACAUACCUGCUAUCUUUUGCCGUCGUUUUCAUCCUCUAUGGCCUAAUAUACCGGUCAAUACACAAACACCGAGCGAAAAGAAGCAGGAGAAAACGUUCCGGUCUGUAUCCGUCUGGCGUUACCAGUCUCCUUCCUCCAGGUGUUGAUUUGAAGAACGCUGAAAAGCAGUUAACGGCGGUGACUCGCGUAAAUCCUCACAGUGGCCGACGGAGCGAUCCACGUCUUGAAAAUGGAGAUGGCGACGUUGACGUCGAAAAGCCUGUGGAGUUGCAGCCUUUGAGACCAACAGCAAAAAAUAUUACACGAUCAAUUUCAAUCAAGGAGAAAACGUUAUUGGCCAAUAUUAGGACGGCUGUCAUGUUGUGCGUAGUUAACGUUGUUUUUCUGGUUGCGUUUUUGCCUGCUUGGCUUAUGGGAUUAAUAGCGAUAGAGUUUAACGCCGUGAUUUUUUACAUGUAUUUUGUAUAUCAUUCCGCAAAUCCUUUCAUUUACGCAUUCAUGAACAAGUCAUUUAGAGACGACCUUCGAAAGGUUUUCAAGUGCCAGAUUAUACCAAUGGUUCGUUGAAUAUUUUUUUAAAAUAUUAAGAAUUUUCUUGUAUUUGUUUUGCAUUCGUUUGGUUAAACAAACAUUUAAAAAUGACCUUAUAUGGAAGUGAUAAUUUUAUUCUGUACCAAGCUAUCAAUUUUAUCAAUUGCUUUAUUAGUUUAAAUUGAUGGUUUAAAUCGAGUGUUACAGGUCAAAGACAAUAAUUGCAGUUGUUUGAAAAUCACAAUCGUUUUCAAAGUUAAACUGACUUUGUUUGAAAAUGUGAAUUGCUUAUUUAAAUUCUGAAUGAUAAGGGAACUUUAAAACAUAAACUUUCAAUACAUGUAUGUUCUACCACAACUUAUGAACCGUUGACAUUGUUUUGAUAACACAGAGAAAGUUUGCUUGUUCCUGUGCAAGAUAACAAUUUAUUUCAAUACAUUGUCAUGAUCUUUUUUAUUGUUGUUGUUUUUUUUCAUCGCAUGCUUAUAAAAAAAUUAAUUAAUAUUAAAUCGCGCGAUAU